GUAAGGGUGGAAAAGCUCCCCGAAACGCCAAGGGAGACGUUACCAUCUCGUCCUUGUCCUCCCCCACGCCUCCUUCCUCCCGCCUUCCUCCUUGACGACGCCGCCGGCGCCUCGCGGGUCGCGGCCCGCUCACUCCUCUUAAAGCGCGCGCUCCGCCCAAACCCUACCCUGGAAACCUCCUCACGCCACCACGGGGACCUAAUUCCGCCUCUCGCGAUGUCGCUCGAGAUCCACGAGGAGGAUGGUGGGGCGUCCGGUGCUCGCCCGGCGAAGGUGAUGUCUGUCUCGGGGAGUGGGAAGCGGGGGCGGUACGUGCGGCAGGUGACGGGGCGGCACAACGACACCGACCUCCACGUGGCGGCGCGGGGCGGGGACGCCGCGGCGCUGCGGCGCGCGCUGCGCGAGGCCGCGGCGGCCGUGGCCACGGGGGAGGGGCCGGAGGAGCUCGAGGAGGCGCGGCGCGCGGUGGCCGCGGAGCCGAAUGAAGCUGGGGAGACGCCGCUCGUCGCUGCGGCGGAGAGGGGGCACCUCGAGGUGGUGGUGGAGCUGCUUCGGCACCUCGACGCCGAGGGGCUGGCGGCGAAGAAUAGGUCGGGCUACGACGCGCUGCACGUCGCGGCGAGGGAAGGCCGUCAUGCUGUUGUGCAGGAAAUGUUACUUCACGAUAGGAUGCUUGCCAAGACAUUUGGUCCUGGAAAUACUACUCCACUUAUAUCAGCAGCUAUGAGGGGCCAUAUCGAAGUUGUUGAACUGUUGCUGGAACAAGAUGACUUUGGAUUGGUGGAAAUGGCCAGAGAUAAUGGAAAGAAUGCCCUACAUUUUGCUGCUCGACAGGGACAUAUUGGAAUUGUCAAAGCACUACUUGAGAAAGAUCCUCAGUUAGCAAGAAGAAAUGACAAGAAAGGUCAAACUGCUCUUCAUAUGGCCGUAAAGGGAACAAGCUGUGAUGUUCUUAGAGCCCUAGUGGAUGCUGAUCCAGCAAUUGUAAUGCUGCCAGAUAAAAAUGGGAACACGGCUUUGCAUGUUGCAACAAGAAAAAAACGAGCAGAGAUAGUUAGUGUUCUUUUGCGGCUACCAGAUACUCAUGUCAAUGCACUGACCAGAGACCACAAGACUGCAUAUGAUAUAGCUGAAGGGUUGCCAGUAUGUGAAGAGUCUUGUGAAAUUAAGGAUAUUUUAUCACAACAUGGUGCUCUCAGAUCUAGGGAGCUGAAUCAACCUCGAGAUGAGCUGCGGAAGACAGUGACAGAGAUAAAGAAAGAUGUCCACACACAACUGGAGCAAACAAGAAAAACAAACAAAAAUGUUCAUGGCAUCGCUAAAGAACUCAGAAAGUUGCACAGAGAAGGCAUCAACAAUGCCACAAAUUCUGUAACUGUUGUUGCGGUGCUGUUUGCAACAGUUGCUUUUGCAGCUAUAUUCACUGUACCUGGUGGAAAUGACGACAAUGGACUUGCAGUUGUUGUUCAGGCUACCUCCUUUAAGAUUUUCUUCAUCUUCAAUGCCGUAGCUCUGUUUACAUCAUUGGCGGUAGUUGUAGUUCAAAUAACAGUUGUCAGGGGAGAAACCAAGUCUGAGCGAAGGGUUGUUGAGGUGAUCAACAAACUUAUGUGGAUAGCAUCUGUUUGCACUACAAUUUCUUUCAUUGCCUCCUGCUAUAUUGUACUAGGCCGCCACUUCCAGUGGGCAGCAAUACUGGUAUCUUUGAUAGGUGGUGUCACAAUGGCUGGCGUACUUGGUACAAUGACAUACUAUGUAGUGAAAUCAAAGCGUAUGAGGAAGAUUAGAAAAAAGGAGAAGAUGUCAAGAAGAAGUGGCUCAAGCUCCUUGUAUGACAAUACUGAGCUCUCAGAUACUGAACUGAACCCAGUCUAUGCCUUGUAAAAAGAAGGGGUGUCUGGACUCUGUCUGUCUCCAGAUUUGAGUAUGUACUCACUAACAGAUACAAUAGCUUACAUAUUUUUUUUACAAUUCCUUCUGUAACAAAAAUUCCACACAGGACUUGCCCAUUGUGCAAGGCUCCUACAGUUGAAGAAUUUGAUGGCACCAAAUGUGCUCAAUCUAUUGUACAUGUGAGUUACAAAUUUUAUUUUCUUUCUGAGAUGUGCUUCUAUGCUUUAAACACAAGCGAUGGGCUGAUGUCAGCUACUUAAUCCCUAAAGUGCUUUAAGUUAUGUGCAACUCCCCCUUUCCAGAUUGCAUGACAGAUUGUCUUGUUCAAGCAUUAUCCAGGUACUCCUGUACUACUUCAUUUCUAGGUCUGAGCUUGUUCGUUUAAUUUGGUAAUGCGACUUCAAGUCUUGACAGGGUUUUAGUUUCUUUGAAGCACUUAGGCUGUUCUUAACAUGCUAUUUCAUCUUUCAAUAGUGAUCUCUUGUGUACUGCAGCUGUUGGAUGUUAAAUUAAAUGCUUAUUGGGCUAAACUAAAUGCUUAUUUUCAAGUUAGACUUUUUUUUUAUCUUUGCUGCAAACCAAGUGAUGUUAAUGAUUACUAGUAUACUCUGGAUGUAAUUUUGAUUUAUGCUAUUUUUUUCUUUCAAUAAUAAUUGUUUAUAUACUGCAACUGGAUGAUGUAGCAAAACUUAUUGGGCUAAAUUAAGUUCAUAUUUUCAAGAGUUUUUGGUUGAUCUUGGCUGGAAAACAAUUGAUGUUAAGGAUCAUUAGUUCACUCUGGAUGUAAUUUUGGUUUUAUUCCUCUACUUUCUGUAUUCGUGAACCUGUUCAGUCUUAUGCUGAACAUAUGAAAAUUUCUACCACUAGUUUAUGUAACACCAAAGUGUACUGAAUACUCACCUUGGCAGCAAGAGCAUGUGCAGUUUUAUGUGUACAGUAUCCACAAUGAUACUGUUUAUGAUAUUCACUUUGUCGAAUCUGAAAUGGUCAGUGGGAUGCACAUUUCUGGUAGACUUUGGUGCAGGUACCAAUCACUGGAUAGAAGAUUACUUCGGUUUGUCGCAAGUUACUUGUCUAACUAAUCAGAGAGUCGGCAUUUCCCUAAAAAAAUCAAAGUCAGUGGCACAAAUUGGCACUGCAAUGCAAACAGACUUUUUUUUUUGUGGACUAGAAAGGCAAGGAAACUUAUGUCGUGCAAAACAACAUAAGAUUUAUCUAAAACACAAAGCAAACAUUGGCUAACUACUGGUGCUUAAGAGGCAGGGAGGUGUAAAGUAGGCCAUAUUAUGUUGCUGCCAGUCCUAACACUGCUCUACAUCAUCAAUGUAGUGGAUAACUCUGCUUACCUUUUGCUUUAAUCUUGCCCUGCCUUUUGUCAGCAUGCUCUCUUAGUUUAAGGAUUCCUGUCUUUACUUGGCCAUUUCUCAAGUAUAUGUUCUGCUUUGAAGCUAAGGAAUGUGAUGCUCCCUUGUUUGGUUUCUUUUGUUUCUAUAGGAUAGAGUCUGACAAGCAGUAUUCUUUAAUGCAAUUGCUUGAUGCCUGUGCUGAUAUAUUAUGUUUGAUCUGUUGUAGUAGUCUCUAGGUGCUUAAAUGAGAAAAACUAAUGAGUUGGAAAUUCAGCACGAUUGAAAUGAAGUUGAUCUUGUCCAUUGCUUGGCAGCUUUCCUGAUCCCCAAAGUAUGCUAUUGCACCCUGAAUUGGAUUGUCCAUCUCUGAACUUGCACUGCUGCUCCUCCUCAGCACCGGUCCUACACUGGAGUCAUUUGAGCUUGGAAUGGAGAAGGAGGAUGAAUUUGAUGAAGAGCAUGAUGAUGAUGAAACUGAGGAUGGCUUGUUUGGUGAUGAAUAUCGGAUAAUGACGCUGGAGAAGGAUCUUCUAUGGCCGCACUCAUCCUCUCUAAGCUUGGUACCUAGUGUGGUUCUGUUGCUGACGGGUGAGGCUAUGUACCUGUUGCUUCUGAUAUGGCUAAUUGGGUUCUUCCUCCAGGUCUUGAACUGUGAAUUCGACAGCUCAUCUGCUCUAGGCUGCUGCCUCCUCGGCAGCAUCACUACCAGCGGAUAUGCACUCAUGGAAGUAGUACUCCGCAUUGAGCUCACCACUGGCAUAACAUGAAUUUGCUGCCGAUGCAUUGCAUGACUGGUAUGGUGUUGCUGGGGCAGUGCUUGCUGAGAGUAAUCCCUUUUCAGCUGCACUCUCAAGGAGCUUCUCAACCAUCUGAAUGCGUGGUGGAAGAUGGAGUGGUAGCAGCUUGCCCUUGUAGAAGAGCUCAUCUGCUGGGGAUGCCACGGGCUCCCACUGGUCAAGUGGAGCUGGCAUGUGGAAUUCAAACUCUCGCGAGUGUUGUGGGGAGGUUGCCAUAGCGGUGCUGUAGCAGUACAAACUUGCCUUGGUGGUGGCCGCAUCUGCUGCUGGGUUACAAGGCAACCAUUAAGAUCUAGGCUUACAAGGAUCCAUUGUCAACUUUGUCUCGUUGGAGUUUGGUGUAAUUAUUGACAUUGCGUGUGCAUUAGCUCUGAUCGAGGCCUUUGUGAGUCUGUCUAAAUUUGUGCUGUUUCUAAGGUGGACUUGUUUGAGAUCACUCAGAAACCUGCUGGGAAGAAAAAUACCUGAGUUUCUGCACAUUUCUUGUUUUCUUGGUGAGAGCUAAUUAGAAAGGGAUGUCAGCUAGCUAGGUUAGGUGUGGAUCAAGUGACUAACACACUACUUAACGAAAUUUCGCCGUACCCAGUUUGCAACCACGAAGAGUUAAUCCACUGAAUUGCAGACCUAAAGGUAAACGAAUUCUUUUGUAGACACUAAUUAGGUUGUUGCUGGUGGUUGGAACUUGAAAAGGACUUUUUCUAGAGACCAAACCUGGAAAGAGUCACGCUUUACCAUUGCAAGCCUUCUAUCACUCAGAUAUUGUAGAAAUAGUGCACCGCGCCUGCCAAACUUCUCAAUUCAUGAGCACCUUUCUCUCACUAGCUCAGUGACAUGCUGCAUUGACAUGAUUGUACCUGAAGAUUCAUUGCGCGUGAUAAGCGAUAGUGUAAAGCCUAAACGAUUAAAUUAGUGUAGAUGGGUUUUUAUCUUAUAUCGCACAGCAGCUUAACAAGCUGCAGGGUGCUUUACCUGUAUGCCACAGCUGCCGGACACUUCAUGGUGGGAGUCCAAUUCUUUUUGCGCCAUGCAGAGAUUGGAAAGGAGGGCCUGGUCCCUGAAAGCUCUCAGAUCUCGAGGUGUUCUUUGCAGCUUCUCCAAACUUGGAACCGAAGCACAAAGCUUCUGCUCUCGCAGCAAUUCUGGGGUCUCUCUAGUAACCUACGGGCGGAAAGUAUGUGAUGAGUUUUGACUGCUGCUUAUUUCUCCAGAUUCCGCUGAUCAUGAUUACUCCGUGUUGCUUAUGGCAUUAAGCUGGUUCUGUUGAUGGAGAACGUUCCCUCCCGCAAGAUUGCUUUGUACUGCAGACAUAUUCUGCGAUGUGACUGAACUAGUUGCUUGGGAAGAUAACUUAUUUUAGACGGAUGGAACAAAUGCCUCUCUUCAAGGGGGGGAAAACGCUUAUUUUAUUGGAAAGUUGCAGCUGUGGAGACUUUGUUUUA